AUGCUGGAGCUCAUCCGCCUCAAACCCUUCUCAGCAAAGCGAGGUACGACAGGACAUGUCUGGGAGGAAGUUGCCAAAGGAGUAUCUAGUGCCAUACAGGUUCAACUCAACGUGAAGCAAGUUCGCGAUCGUCUCAAUCUGCUCAAGGCCAAAUUUAAGGCCGACGAGCUAUCAUCUGCACGUGCCAGUGGUGUAGAAGAAGACCUUCAUGCAGUCAACAUCCAAAGCCACUACAACGAUCUAAAUGGACUCGUCCGUGACUACAUUGAACUCGAGCGCAUGUAUUUAGACGAAAAGAAGGCCAAGAAAUCGGCUAAGACUAGGAAGGAGGAGGAUCUAGCUAACAGUGCUGCUGCCCUUAUCAACGAGAGCAAGCUCCGAAGAUCGCAACGUGCAAACUACGACACGGAAUGCUCGUCUUCUGACGAACGGAGUAGUGAGAGUGAAACUGAGAGUAGGUAUACGUCCUUAAAGUUCCGUGUCACUCCUCUUGUUAGCGAUCGAGCGUAG